AUGACUGCAGAAGGUCUCCGAGAUGAACUGCAGAGUAAUGUCAUAGUAGUCGCAGCCCGAGCAAAUCAACGCCGUGGUCCAGAUCGACCAUCCGACUCUCUACGUCCCAGAUCUGCCGCUGGUGACCAGCCUAUCCUGACAGAUGAUCUGUGGGACCCAUGGCCGGAUGAAGGUUAUUCACGUAAGAGGAGGAGAGGUGGUCGAGCCAGCAAUCUCCAUCCGAAAGCAGCGUUUUGUUGCGAUGGAUGCUCAACACAGCAGUCAAAAGCCGUGCCGCCGACUAGCAAUGCUGGCAAAGGGGCUCUUGCUCGUCUUGGAAAGUAUUGGUAUCCCGUGCGACUGAUUCAGUCCUAUGGCGCUGCUAGUCUCCCUGCUACUGCAUGUAACCGAGUACGCUGGCAGGUGGUUUGGUGGCGCGGUUGCAAAUUCCCAUCCAGUCUCGGAUCACCUCCUAAAGAUGUCGAGCAAGGAGAUCUCGUGGACGAACUCUGGCAGGGCCAAGCUAAGAGGCGUGAGAUUCGCGUGAAUGAGUUGUCCGACGUUGUAGCUCCUUCGCUGCCGGCUGAAGAAGAGAUUGCGCCCGUGAAACGUCGCCCUUCACUUAAUCUGCUUACCCUGAUGGUCCACGUCCUGUCGAUGGGUUGCUUGAAGUGUUCGGGAAAACCUCUUGUAGGUCGAUUCAUGGACAUCGGAGAACUGACUGUGGCAGGACCGCGAGUCAAAAUAGCUACGCCCUUAGAACGGCGACGAACCCGGUGGAGACAAUUAAAGUUUUUUCUCAUUCGAUUCGAUUUGUCUCGCACUUCUCGUCGUGAAGCCUUUCUUGCACUGGACUCGGAUGUUUGGGCUUUCAUUCACCACAUCAGCAAAACCCUAAAUUUAGCACAGCGCCUCAGUGAGCGCUGUGACCGCCAAUGUCGAGCGUUCUGCCAGUGGAUUAUUGAUCGUCCGAGUCUCAUUAGCAUCAUGAGAAAGAAGGACCCUACACCCCCUUCUAUUCCCGAUGUCCACUGGUCCGUGGAUAUGACAUGGACCUUGCUGUCAGAGGUCAAGAAAGACGAGAACAGGCUUGUUUUACUGGGGAAGCAGGACAAGAAGGAAGUAAGGAAUAUUCACUUUCGGAUCUCCUCAGCGCUGUCUCAGGAUAUUCUGGACAAGUCCCCUGGCUGUAUACCCUUCCAAUUUUUCAACUCUCUUCAAUACACUCGUUCACCAUGUGACUCCUUUUACCACUUGCUUUUAUCACUCACUUUACACUUGCUUUUAUGCUUUUAUUAUUAGUUUUAAUGCUAGUUCACAGAUGUUUAGAUUUAGUUUAAUUAGUUACAUCUGUUGAAAUGCUAGUAGUUCUUCGACCAGGAGCACCGCAGCCUCUUCGGGGGAUAAUUCUGGAUUUGCCAGGUUACGGAGAACCAUUGUCAACAUAUAUGCGUGUAGAUACUGCUCAGUGCUCAUGGAGAGAAAUUUGUGCCAUCUUCGCUUGCAAGUUGUUAAUUG